GCCAUUUUGGGAGACACCAGCCUCCCAAUCGGAGCACUGCUCCGGCAAAAAAACCUCAGUGCUUCAUAUUUAUUAUAUUUCUUUCGAACUGUUGACCGUUCGUGGUAAAGACACUCGAUGUACCCCAGUUAUGUAACAUGAAAUUUGGCAUGGCGCCAAGUAAGUCGGCCGCACAGGUGGACCGUCAACAGGUGGGACAUGCCUGUGUCGCUGUUCGACUUUAGCGUAUAAAAAGCACUGACGAAUUCAACCCUCGGGGGCAUUUGCAGAAUAGGCAUCAUGUCGGACAGACCUGGCACGGCGACACUGGGCACUCGUCAAGUGCGUCAAGUGUACUUGAUAACUUAUAGUCGAGCGCAGGAGGAACUCGUGCCAAAUCGUGAGACUUUUGCGGAGCUCGUCCUUGCCGCUUUCCAGACUCUAAACCACCCUUCACCGGUGUGUUGGUGUUGCUCCAAAGAGCGUCACUUGGACGGGGGAUUUCACUAUCACAUGGCGAUUAAGCUUCAAGUUGCCAGGCGCUGGUUACAAGUACGCAACAUACUGGAGUACAGACACGGUAUAAAAGUGAACUUUUCCGGUAACCACGACAACUACUUCACGGCGUGGCACUACGUCAUGAAAGAAGACCAACAUGCAAUCCAGUCGCUGGACCAUCCCGAUCUAUCGACCGCGCCCCCUCCGCGUACAGCCGUUGCUUCAGCUGUCCGCCACACAGCGGUCCAGCCCGACAGCAGCGCCGAACGACCCGCAAAGAGAAGCAAGCGCUCCCGCCUCUCGGCCUACGAAGUGGGCGAACUCGCCGUGUCUAAGGGUCUCAAGACGCGUAUGGAGUUCUUGGCCUUCGCCCACCAACAAAAAGUGUUGGGCAAAACCGACUUAGCGGAAUUCAUCAUCAACCGAGGUGAAAAAGUCGUCAACCAAGUGCUCAAGGAUGCCUGGGAACUGGCACAUUCGGAAGAGCUACUGCAGAGAUCUAGACUGAACCGUCUUCAAAUUCUACAAAGGGCACACGCCAAUGACAAAUGUGUUUGUAACGGGGAGUGGCUAGCAUGUGCUGAAGAUACUCUUCUUAACAACGGUGUUUCUAAAAGAAACUUUGGUGAUGCGGUUAAAACACUUCUAGAGCAGGGUAGGGGGAAAUAUCGCAACAUCAUGAUUACUGGUCCUGCAAACUGUGGGAAAACCUUCUUACUCGAUCCACUUAAUAAAAUCUAUGAGACAUUUACCAACCCGGCAACUACCACUUUUGCAUGGGUCGGUGCAGAUAAGGCUGAAGUCAUAUUUCUGAACGACUUUCGUUGGACUUCCAAAAUCAUACCAUGGCACGAUUUGCUUCUGUUACUGGAAGGUCAGCUUGUUCACCUCCCAGCUCCCAAGUCACACUUUGCACAAGAUUUAAUUCUCGAAAAAGAUACCCCCAUUUUUUGCACCGGGAAGCAUCCAUUAGUGUUUGUUCAGGGUGGAAGUGUGGAUGAGAGGGAAACUGAGAUGAUGUCAGUGCGUUGGAAUGUUUUCGCAUUCUACCAUCAAAUUCUUGAAGAUGAACAAAAAGGUGUUCCACCAUGUGCACGCUGCUUCGCAUCACUUAUUCUAACUGAAAAUGAAGUCACGCAGCAUUAAUAACUGUAUGGACUAUAGUUAUUCCAUCCAAUUCUGCAACUGUACAAGCAUUUAUUGUUGAUAACCAAGACUUAUGUACACUGAUUUCACUACUUAAAGAUAAAGAUGCAUGCAGAGAUCCCAAUUAUAUCUGUAAAGGAUUUAAUGUGAAAAUGUAGCUUCCUUUGGCCAUUUGCAUUAAACUUUAGCAAUAGGUAAAUUUAUUGGUAAUUUCAUAGCACUUGCUAUACAAACUGUUAACGUUUGGAAAUAAUGUUUGAAGUCAGUCUCAGUGAAAUUUAACCCAAUGUACUACAAAAUGGCCAAUUUGAGGGCAACCUUUUGUCGAGUAUUUCCCCCAGAACAGAGUGGCUAUGGAGGGGAAAAAGAAAACAACCCCCCCCCCCCGAACCACCACUACCACCUCAUUUUUGUGCAUAUUCACUUGCACGUACAUUACUGUUAAAUGUUGCACUCGCCAAUAAUGAUGCCUAUUCCGCAAAUCCCCCCCCCCAUUGGUCUAAAUGAAGUAGAUAUAAAAAACCAAUUAUAAAUGGGAAAAAGAAAAACACAAAAAACCCCAAAAACAAACCAAAAGGAAGUGAAUAAAAUGCAGACCAAUUGGAACUGAGUUACCCAAAAA